AUGGCGAAAGCAAAGGAAGAAUUUGAGGAGGUUUCUAGCCUGGAGGAUGAACUCAGCUGUCCCAUCUGCCUAUGCUUGUACACAAACCCAGUGUCACUGAGCUGUGGUCACAGCUUCUGCAAGCAGUGCAUCCAAAAGGCUCUCAGUGCCCAGCAGCAAUCCAAGGCCUCUUACUCCUGCCCAAUGUGUAAGAUCCAGCUAGGGCCCAUCCUGGAGCUGCAGAAGAAUUUCCAGCUGUGCAGCAUCGUGAAGGCCUUUCUGGCCACCACUUCCAAAGGAAAACAGGGCAAGAGCUCUCCAGAAGACGAGGAGAGGGUUCCCUGUGAUUUUUGCCUUGAUCAACCCCAGCCAUCAGUGAAAACCUGCCUCACCUGUGACUCAUCUUUGUGCCAGGCCCACCUGAACAAGCACAACGCCAGGGCUUCACAGAAGGACCAUGUCCUGCUGGAGGCUGCUGUGGGCUGCUCUGCAGAGGAGAGGAAGUGUCGGCAGCACGGCAGGCUGCUGGAGUGCUGCUGCGAGGAUGACAGGGAGUAUGUCUGCGUACUGUGCUGCAUUGCGGGGUCCCACAAGGGCCACAGCAUCGUCACCCUCAAGGAGGUCCACGACAAAGAGCUUGGUGUUCUUUCUCACACUGUGAAACAGAUGCAGGAAAAUGAAAGUGCUCUAAUUAACGCCUUGGAGGAACUGCAGAAAAGUGAGAAUCAGCUCAAGACUAACACGAAAACAGUGACUUCUCAGCUGGUGAAGCUGUUUGAAGAGAUCAGGGUAGAGGUAAAUCGAAAAGAGCAGCAGAUCCUGAGUGACAUCCAAUCCAAUGAGAAAAAACAAUUGGCAGGCAUUACCAAACUGAAGAAGAAAAUGGAACAGAAGAGAGAUGAGGCUGCACAGCAUCUUCAGACUUUACAGAAGAUGAGAGAGCAACCAGAUGCUUUCCUCUUCCUCAAAGAAUUUAAAUUGGCACAGGAUAGGAUUGAGAAUCAGAAUUUCAAGGCUGACAAGAUAAAAGUAGUAGUAGCGGAACUGGAUCCAGCCAGAAUGAAGAAAUACAGAAGCCUAAUGUCAGACUACAUAUGUCAGCUGGACUUGCUGAUGCAGGAGGUGCACAGUAAGUGA